AUGGCGGAUUCCAGCAAGCGAAGGGUCGUGGCUAUAGCUAUCGAUGCAAGCGAGCACUCGGACAACGCCUUCCAAUGGUACUGCGACUAUAUCUACAAGGAUGGCGACUUCUUAGUUCUGAUUCAUAUUCCGGAAACAUACGACCUCACCAUGGCAAGUCCAUCAGUGGUAGAGCAGUUACUGAAGGAGAUAGAGGAAGGAGUUCAUGACCUGGAGAGAAAGUACAGAGACAAGCUACUGUCAAGAAAUAUCACGGGGAAAUUCAGAAGCACAUCGGGGAAACCCGGAGAAAAGAUAGUAACCAUCGCCAGCGAAGAGAACGCCACAUUUAUCGUCACCGGCACCCGCGGCUUGGGCAAGUUCCGCAGAACCAUUAUGGGCAGUGUCAGCGACUACAUCGUCCACCACGCCAGCAUGCCAGUGUUGGUCUGUCGCUGGAAGUCUGCAGAGUGA